AUGAGUAUAAUUAUUAUAUUAUCCCAUUCCUCAGGUUCAGACGGUGCACGAAUUGCUGUAGAAACAGCCUGUCGCAAUGGCUCCAAACAGUCUGUAUACCCGCUGUCCAACACUGAGGAUGUGAUCAUUGAAGUCAAUAUGAAGGGUGACGGACCAUGUGUUGGUCAGGAUGCAGUGCUUUCCAUCAUCCUGAAGAACAAGUGCAGGUCUCCUCGUAGCCUCACUCUGUACAGCCAGGUGGCAGCCAUGUACUACACCAGAGCUCAAAAGGCCUUGAUUUGUAGAUUUGUUAUAAAAGCAUUGUUUUCCUCUGUAGUCCCGAUUCUGGAGUGGAUCUUGCAGUAUGAGGACUACAAGGAACACCUGGUGGAUCAAGCAGCGCUGAUGCUCACUCUUUCUGGACGGGUUUCAGAGACUACGCAGAUACUGACCACCCAGUUCAACUUCAGACUGCGCACAUCAGAUCUUAUCAUUAUUACUCUUUGUGGUGGUGUCGUGGGCAAAGAGAUGACAUUCAAAAUCAAAUUCCAGAACCCACUUCCCUGUGUACUGAAGAAUGUCAUUUUCCGGUUUGAAGGACUGGGAUUGCAGUACGUCAGAACAAUUAACUAUGGUGAUAUUCCAAGUCUGGCCGCAGUGAGCCUGACGGAGACCUUUGUUCCUAAAUAUCAUGGGCAACAUAAACUUCUAGCAUCUCUUGACUGUCCUCACCUCACUCAGAAGCCACUGCCCUGUGUGCUGAAGAACGUCAUAUUCCGGAUUGAAGGAUUGGGAAUGCAGCAUGUCAAAACCAUUCACUAUGGUGAUAUUGCAGAGCAAGCCUCAAUGUGUCUGACAGAGACUGUUGUUCCCAAACGGUCCGGCCCACAGAAGCUUCUAGCAACACUUGACUGUACUCAGCUCACUCAGGUGCACGGAGUCCCAAACAUCCUGGUCAAAGAUCACUGAAUAAACUUCACUUCAUCUAAUCAGUGCAAAUAUCCACAUUCUUAAAACAAUGACAACUGCACUGUGGAUUCAGUAUUUUAUAAUGAGAGCAAAAUGUGUUUGACCUAAUCUAUGCAAUACAAGCAUGAUACUUUUCGAGGUACUUAUCCUAGUUAGCCUCUGCUUGUAGUUCUAUGCCGAUCAAUAAAUGG